GGGAUCAUCACGUCUUAACUUAUCGUAGAAGGAGACUAUAUUUUUCUGUGACAGUGGCUUGAAUGGAUAGUCCUAAGGAUAUGAAUUGGGAUCGAAAUCCUUAUUUGGCGUCAUCUAAGAGGGAUGGCUACUCCCUUGUAAAGUCGCAAUGUCCAGCUCUGUGUAGGCGUCAGCGCCUUGCCUGAUCAGCUGCAAUAAAACACCUCAGCAUUAACUGUCUUUCCGAACGUCUUCCUCUCUCUACGUCUAUUAGCUGAAAUUCCAUCUUUUAACCUAAACCUCUAACGUGGUUGUUUCUUUCCCAAAAAAAAAACAAAAAAAAACGGUUCGUUCUUCUUGAACCGUGAUACUAAAUUUAGGGCUGGUGGCUAAGCCAAUAGGAGCCAGGCUGUGCUUCGAAUCCAGACUGAGGGAGCAUAUUGUAUGUAGUAUCGGGAAUACCUACCUACGUGUAAAUGCCCACUUGCUGUUGCGGGCCUACAUUAUACAUAGUGUGUUGGAGUCGUGACAUUCGAUGGUGCGUUUUAGGUGUAGGAUAGAUAUAUUAAUUCCCAGUGUUUAUCGAAGGAGUAAACGAUGGCGACACAUCACCGGCUGCUGUGGCAUGCUGGCCAGGAAGGACUCUGAAACGGAAUACCGAGGACGAGUCCUACGGCAUUUGUCUCGAGCUGAGGUGUGGGCUGGCGUAAGCUACCUAUACUUAGGACAGGGAGACAUGGCAACAUCAUAUCAGAGAGGCAUGCGUGCGAUAACUUUAGGAACCGCUUUGUUUGUAAGUAUGGCAUAUCGGCGCAAAAGAGCGCGAGAUGCCGGCGCAAUAUGCAAUGGGGCUGCGAACGAUUUAAGCUGCUACCAUGCCAUAUAUUUCAUACAUACUAUAAUGCAUAUGCUCGGUAUCGCGAAUUGCAGAACAUCAAGGGUUGAUAUUUAUCAGUACUCAUCAGAAUACGAGAAGGUCAGAUAUGUCUUGAAGUGGUUGCGCACAGCAGGGUUCUCGGUUCUUCAAGGGAGCCCAUCAAGGGAGCCCAUCACGGGCCGUCGUGUUGUGCCCAUUACCAAGACGCUGGUAACCGCCGGAAGAGAACAUCCAGGGAUCAGAGGGCCACGGCUAUGACGUUGUGUUGCGGGUUCUGCGCAACCUGCCACCUCAUCUCAUCCACUCUCUGCAUUUGCAUUGGCGACACAGCCAACGGCACGAGCGUCGGCUCGAGACAAACAGACUUGGCGAAUGUCGAUGAACAUCGGAAGUCGGCAC